GGCUGCGUCAGAACUCUCCGCGCGUAUAAAUAGGGGCGGCAGGAGCGCGCCGAGCCGCACACAGCCAUCCAUUCUCCCUUCUCCCUUCCACCCCCCGUUCUUCUUUCUCCGUAGGCCCCCGUCUCUGCUGCCAGCCGGAGGGGCACCGACCGCCAUCAUGAGCUCCUUCAGCUACGAGCCGUACUACUCGACCUCCUACAAGCGGCGCUACGUGGAGACGCCCCGGGUGCACAUCUCCAGCGUGCGCAGCGGCUACAGCACCGCGCGCUCCGCGUACUCCAGCUACUCGGCGCCGGUCUCCUCCUCGCUGUCCGUGCGCCGCAGCUACUCGUCCAGCUCCAGCUCCUUGAUGCCCAGUCUCGAGAACCUCGACCUGAGCCAGGUAGCCGCGAUCAGCAACGACCUCAAGUCGAUCCGCACCCAGGAGAAGGCGCAGCUGCAGGACCUCAACGACCGCUUCGCCAGCUUCAUCGAGCGCGUGCACGAGCUGGAGCAGCAGAACAAGGUCCUGGAGGCCGAGCUGCUGGUGCUGCGGCAGAAGCACUCGGAGCCGUCGCGCUUCCGGGCGCUGUACGAGCAGGAGAUCCGCGACCUGCGCCUGGCGGCGGAAGACGCCACCAACGAGAAGCAGGCGCUGCAGGGCGAGCGAGAGGGGCUGGAGGAGACUCUGCGCAACCUGCAGGCGCGCUACGAGGAAGAGGUGCUGAACCGCGAGGACGCCGAGGGCCGGCUGAUGGAAGCGCGCAAAGGCGCCGACGAGGCGGCUCUCGCCCGCGCCGAGCUCGAGAAGCGCAUCGACAGCCUGAUGGACGAAAUCGCCUUCCUGAAGAAGGUGCACGAAGAGGAGAUCGCCGAGCUGCAGGCGCAGAUCCAGUACGCGCAGAUCUCCGUGGAGAUGGACGUGUCCUCCAAGCCCGACCUCUCCGCCGCGCUCAAGGACAUCCGCGCCCAGUAUGAGAAACUGGCUGCCAAGAACAUGCAGAAUGCCGAGGAGUGGUUCAAGAGCCGCUUCACCGUGCUCACCGAGAGCGCGGCCAAGAACACCGACGCGGUGCGCGCCGCCAAGGACGAGGUGUCCGAGAGCCGCCGCCUGCUCAAGGCCAAGACCCUGGAGAUCGAAGCGUGCCGGGGCAUGAACGAAGCGCUGGAGAAGCAGCUGCAGGAGCUGGAAGAUAAGCAGAACGCCGACAUUAGUGCUAUGCAGGACACAAUCAACAAAUUAGAAAAUGAACUGAGGACUACAAAGAGCGAAAUGGCACGGUAUUUGAAAGAGUACCAAGACCUCCUCAACGUGAAGAUGGCCUUGGACAUUGAGAUUGCAGCUUACAGGAAGCUCCUGGAAGGCGAGGAGACCCGCCUCAGCUUCACCAGCGUGGGGAGCAUAGCCAGCGGCUACUCGCAGAGCUCCCAGGUCUUUGGCCGCUCCGCCUACGGGGGGCUGCAGAGCAGCUCCUACCUGAUGUCGGCGCGCUCCUUCCCCUCCUACUACACCAGCCACGUGCAGGAGGAGCAGAUCGAGGUGGAGGAGACCCUCGAGGCCUCCAAAGCCGAGGAAGCGAAGGACGAGCCCCCCUCUGAAGGGGACGCUGAAGAGGAGGAGAAGGAGAAGGAGGAGGCUGAGGAAGAGGAGGGGACGGAAGAGGAAGAAGGUGCCAAGGAAGAAUAUGAGGACGCAAAGGAGGGUGAAGGUGAAGGUGAAGAAGGUGAAGGUGAAGGUGAAGGUGAAGAAGAUGCCAAAGAAGCGGAGGCUGAGAAAAAAGAUGAAGGUGCCGGGGAGGAGCAGGCCACCAAGAAGAAAGAUUGAGCCCCCCCUUUCCUUAAUUAUUUCAGGAAGAACCCUCCCGAAACCAGGUCAACC